AUGCUAUCGACAAGGAGGAAAGCCAAUGGGCGGAGUUUGACUCGUCCUACAAACGAGGUAGCCCGACCACCUUCGCGCCGAAUCAGGUCAUCAAGGGCUGGACUGAAGCCAUGCAGCUCAUGGUGGAAGGAGACAAGUGGCAGAUGUACAUCCCCUCCGAGCUUGGCUAUGGCGAUGGCGGCUCGGGC